AUGAUUCAGGGUGCGGAAGGUGUCAUCUGUUCCCAGGACGAUGUGUGGAUAAAGGGUACAGGGAAAGAUGGAGCACACACUGAAGACCUAGAACUGGUGGAGAAGGUGCUUCAGCGGUUGACCGACCAUGGGGUGAAGGCGAAGGUGUCCAAGUGUCAGUUCUUGGAGCCCAAGGUUGUGUAUCUUGGUCAUGUGGUUGACAAGGAUGCCCUUCAUCCUACAAAUGAAAAGGUCAAGGCCAUCAGGGAUGCGCCUGUCCCCAGGAGUGUGCAAGAACUGAAGUCCUUUAUUGGUCUCGUGAACUACUACGGAUCAUUCUUGAAAAACAUGUCCACGACUCUCGCACCACUGAACAAACUACGUCAAAAGGAUGAACAAUGGGUGUGGUCAGACAGUUGUCAGAGAGCAUUCGUGGAGUGCAAGAAGCAGUUGAGCAGCGACAGUGUGCUCACUCACUAUGAUGUGAAUCGCAAGCUCAAGCUUGAUUGUGACGCAUCACCGAAUGGGAUUCAGAAAGAAGCACUAAGUAUUGUGUUUAGGGUAAAGAAAUUUCACCAGUAUCUCUAUGGAAGGAAAUGGACACUAGUAACUGAUCACAAACCACUGGUGUCGAUCCUAGGUCCAAAAUCUGGGAUCCCCACACUAGCAGCAGCAAGAAUGCAGCGUUCGGCUAUUAUUCUAUCUACGUAUGACUACAACAUCGAUUAUCGCAAGUCAGUGGAGCAUGCUAAUGCAGACUGUAUGUCAAGACAGCCACAUGAAGACUCCAGUGUCGGAUGUGACAGUCGUGUCUAUGCAUGUGAGGUAGCAAGGGAAUUGUCUGUAACAGCAACUAUGAUAGCAGAGGCUACACGGAGGGGCUCUGUGCACAGCCGUGUUCUGGAUUACAUGAUGAGUGGCUGGCCAGAAUACUUGCAUUCAGAGCCACUGAAGCCACAUCAUGUCAGGAGACAUGAGUUAUCAGUAGAACAGGGAUGUAUUCUCUGGGGAAAUGGUGUCAUUAUUCCAGGACUGCUUCGAGAUAGACUUCUAAAGGACUUACACUGGGAACAUCCAGGAAUAUCUACGAUAAAGGCCAUAGCAAGAAGCUAUGUAUGGUGGCCUAGCUUAGACCGAGAGAUAGAGUGCACUGUGAAAGAAUACAGUACGUGCCAGGCUGUACGUAACACACCACCCGUGGCACUGUUGUACCAAUGGAGAUGGCCAGUGAGACCAUGGAGUCGCAUACACUUGGAUUUCUUCUUCAAGGAAGGGAAAACGUUAUUGAUUGUGUACGACGCGUACUCCAAGUGGAUAGAGGUAUGCCCCAUGUCGUCUACUGAUGCCGAACAUACGAUUGAUGAACUCAGGGUAGUCAUUGCGGCAUACGGAUUGUCGGAGGAAGUCGUGUCAGAUAAUGGCCCUCAGUAUAUCUCAGAGACAUUCAAGGACUUUCUACGUCGGAAUGGUAUAAAGCAAACGUUGGUGCCGCCAUACCAUCCACAAUCAAAUGGCGCUGCAGAGAACUCUGUGAAAAUGGUGAAACGUGUGUUAGAAAAGCACAUGCUUGAAGGCAAGGUUAAGAGGCUGUCAGUCAAGCACAGGCUAGCAAACUUCCUAUGCUUCCUGCGCUAUCGCUCUACACCACAUUCGACUACAGGGCGAACACCUGCAGAGCUGUUCCUUAAACGUCAGAUGCGUACGCGUUUGAGUUUAGUUAAGCCCAACUUAGCCGAAGUUGUGGAAAGGAAGCAAGAACAGCAGAAACGUCACCAUGACAGAGCACCAGAAUGCGCAUUUCAGUGUCAUGACCGUGUUCGUGUUAGAAACAUGUUAGGGAGGAAGACAGAUAAGUGGCUUCCUGGAUCAGUUGUGAAGGUAUUAGGUCCACGAAGAUACCUUGUGCAGACCGAUAAAGGCCUGAGGCAUAUACAUGUUGAUCACGUGAUUCCAGCGCUGGAUCAGGUUGUGGGGGGCUUGUCGUCCUUUGUACCAUGGAUGCCCGGAGAAAAUCGACCCGAGCAAGAGCAUGAUGCUAAUCUGUGGAGAUUGUUGGAAGUCGCAGGGAAGGAAGGUUUCGUGUUCAACAGCACAAAGUAUGUGAUCAAGACAAGAAGCAUAAAGAUGUUUGAAACAGAGUAUGGUUUCAAGCAUACUACAUCAUCGCCAGGCUACCCACAGUCGAAUGGGACAGCAGAGAAAGCAGUACAGGUAGACAAGAACAUAUUGAAGAAAUGUAGAGAAAGCAAGACUGAUCCAUAUCUUGCCAUGCUCCUCUACAGAAAUACUCCAGGAGACGGGUUUCCUUCACCAGCCCAGAUCCUGAUGGGUAGAAGAACAGCAACUACCCUUCCAACAACGAGGUCACUGCUGAAACCUGAAAACCAGCCAGAUGUUACAGAGAGUGAGAAAGAUCAAAGAAAAACAGAAGCAGUUCUUUGA